GCUUAUCUUAUCGGAAAUACGCUAGCGGCCGCACGAAAAGUUUCGAAGUUUGGUGCUCGAAAAAUUCUAAGUGACAUUUAAAAUCGAUGACAACAGAAUGUCAAUUGAAAUGCCUUCACAAUCAACGACUGUCGGGACUUCUCCCAAAAAGCAUAAGAGCAAGUCGGAAAAGAAGCAUAAGUUAACAGAUAGUGAGAAAAAGCGAAAACGAGAGAAUUGGGAAGAAGGACAUCGAUCGAAGAAACACAGAUCCGAAAAGACCGCACCAACUCCCUUGUCCAUAGAGGCCACAGCAGAAGUGUCGCCAUUUCAUUUACAGACAUCUUCCAUUUUCUUACCCUUAGCGCCAGUUUCUCAGAAGUUCCCUCUUGAGGGUUUAUGCGCCGAGCACCUUUCUCCACUCAUUCUCACAUAUUACCCGCCAUUCAACGGCGUUAUCCUUUCUUACAGCAAUCCAAGAUUCGCCGAAAAGGCGUUCGGAAACGAUGGAGAUUCGACUCUGCUACAAAAUUUGGACGAAUAUGCGGUCAGUUGGGCUUGGGUGACCGCCGAGUUCUUACUUUUCAAGCCGGAGAAGGGAGCUUGGUUGGAAGGUUAUAUUAACUUACAAAGCGAAGGACAUCUGGGCUUAGUCUGCUGGAAUCUUUUCAAUGCGAGUAUCGAGAGAGCCAGAUUACCUAAGGAAUGGAAAUGGGUCGGUGUAGAGGACCAGGAGAAAAAUGAGGAAGCUGAAGAAGGUGCGACAUAUGCUGAAGAUGGCAUUGGGUAUUAUGUGGAUGGAGAGGGCAAAAAGAUUGAGGGCACCGUGAAAUUUCGAGUCAAGGAGAUUGAAUCGAAUCAUGAUAAGGAACGCGGUUUCUUGACGAUUGACGGAACAAUGUUAGAUGAGGAGGCAGAGAUGCGAUUGCUGGAAACCAAACAGGACAAGGUUGGAAGUAGAGAUAGUGCUGGUAGACGUCUUGGUGGUGCGAAAGCUCUUGGUGCAACUAGUUUAGGAGUAACCGUGGAGCCCCCCGCUACGGAAGUGGACACAGGGAAGAAGCACAGGCGGAGAGAUUGAGGUGCUGUAUGAGUCUUACACGGCGUUCAUGGAUACCAGGGUUCUGAAUAAUGAUCAUUAUUUUAGCUAAAAUUGUCUUGUAUUGCACUUUACGGUUGGCCCCCACACAAGCCCUAAAGCCUGUAGAGUAUGAAGUAGCUUCUUUAUCAAAUAGCUUGAAGA